AUGGAUGGACCUGAGUUUCUUUAUCAAGAUCUCUCAUAUUGGCCGGCAGAACCAUCCGAUAUAUUCAACAAAAGUAAAACUGACGAAAUAUCAAAUCUUAGCGUGGUCGUAAAUGUAAACCCUACGAAAUUCAGCACAGAAAAUAGUGAAGUAAAAGAAGCUCUUGAAACCAACAGCUUAAAUAUGCGUAAUGUAAUCAACGUUGAGCAAUUCAGUUCGUUGCACAAACUUUUUAAAGUUACAGCUUAUGUGUUAAAAUUUAUAAUUAGUCUUAAGCAUCUUAUAAAUAAAGCCAAUAAUCAGACAAAAUCUCUUUGCAUUGCGGAUAUUCGAAAAGCUGAAAUUCUUUGGAUCCGAACCUACCAGUGUGACCUUUCUAACAAAGUGGAAAUUCUGAACAACACUUUUGGUCUCUUCGUUGACGAGGAUAAAGUAGUUCGUUGUAAAGGACGGUUACAAAAUUCAAUACUGCCUUAUAAUGCUAAACACCCAAUUUUGCUACCAAGUGAAUCUUAUUUGUCAGAAUUAUUAAUAUGUCAGGCUCACAAACGAACUCUACAUGCAGGUGUAAAGGAAACUCUCUGCCAAAUAAGGUCAAAAUACUGGAUCCUACGAGGUCGUAAGCAUGUACACUCAUUGAUAAACAAAUGUUCAUUCUGUAAAAGAUUGUUUGGGAAGGCUUUUACAUCUAAAGUGUCACCACCGUUGCCUUACUAUCGUGUCACUGCAAGUUUUCCUUUCCAGCAUACUGGAGUUGAUUAUUUAGGACCAUUGCACGUUAAACCGAUAUUCGAUGAUAAUUCUACUGAAAUGUAUCCCGUGCACGUAGUGUUAUUUACCUGCACCACCACCAGAGCCAUUCACCUGGACUUAGUACCUGACUUAUCUGCGAAAUCAUUUAUUCUAUGCUUAAAACGUUUUAUUGGAAGAAGAGGAAUUCCAAAUCUUAUGAUAUCAGACAAUGCCACAUGUUUUAAGAAUGAAGAAGUUAAAUUAAGCGAGGAGCUUUUGUUGUUGGAAAUCGAUUGGAAAUAUAUUAUUGAAGCUGCUCCCUGGUGGGGUGGUUUUUGGGAACGUCUAGUGCAAUCGGUCAAAAAAUCGCUACUCAAGGUUGUGUUUAGAAGUAGCAUCAGAUAUGACGAACUGGAAACAAUUCUUUGUGAAAUAGAGGGUCUUCUCAACUCAAGACCAAUAACAUACGCUUACCAUGAAGACACUGAGGAAGUUCUUACCCCUUCCCAUUUGAUGCAUGGUCGAAGACUUAUUUCACCUAACGAAACUAACGAAAAGGGGCAGAUCUUGACAAGCUUGAAAAGAAUUCCACAAGCAGGGAUCCAGUACAAAUGGCGAUUAGGAAAAGUAGUGUCACUGAUUACGGGAAGCGAUAACAUAGUUCGUUCUGCAAUAGUAAAAGUCUUAACAGAUAAAACAAACAAACAAAAUUAUAUUAGGCGUCCUAUCGAAAAGCUAUACCCUAUAGAAGUCAAGUCAGUCGAAACAGUAACUGAUACAGAGCUAAACGCCAGCAACGAUGCUGUAGAUGAAAGUAACAAUUUUUCUGAUACGAAAUACGAAAGACCUGUACGAAUAGCAUCAAGAAACGGAAUACUAAUAAAACGCUUAAUGGGACAAUUUUAA